AUGGCAGGUUCACAUGGCAAACUACCCGACUUCGGUACGUCCCGGUUCACCGAAAAGGAAGCUGAGAAGCCACCGAAGCACAGCCUGCAACCCAUUCUGCUGGGAAGGCAGUUGAAGGCCGUUGCAGCUGCUGAUCGCAUCUUGUCCCAGCGGGUCUUUGAAGAGGCUGGUGCCUUGCAGAGCAAAGUCUCCAGAACCAAAGAGGACUUGCGCGCCGCUAAGCAGCAGGUGGAUGAAGCACAAGAAGUGCAGCUCCACUUGUUGGAGCUUCAACAGCAGCUGGAGAGGCAAAUUCGCGAACAUCGCGAGAAUUUGGCUGUUGCAGCUGAGGAGCGUCGAAGGCUCAUCGAUUUGAUCUGCGGCUUUCCAAGCCGCGAUGCAAUGGCUGCGAAGCGAAAAUCUCUGGAGGAGGCUCUCCAUGACGAAAUGCGAUGUUUGGAGGAGGCGCAAGAUUCGAAUGCUCUGCUGGAGGAUUCGGUUGGUGGUUUGAUGUCAGAGAUGGAGAAGCUGCAGCAAGAGAGGCUUUCCAUCUUGCAGCAGGUGCUCAACGAAUCCAAUUCCCCCGAGGUCUACGGACUGCUGAAGGUACCGGAGCUGAAACGUGAGCUGCUGCGGCGCCAGCUGAACGUGGUGGGCACCCGCAGGGAGCUGACGGAGCGCUUAUUGGAGGAUGAUCAACAGAGGGAGACCUUGGACAUCCCCAGUGGCGAUGCCGUCGAUGCUGUUGAUGCUGUUGAUGCUGUUGAUGCUGUUGAUUGCGAAAUCGUCGAAGAGUGUGUGGACUUUGAUCUCUACGGUGGUGUAAAGGGAGAGGUGCUGGAUGACCCGCAACAGCAACCAAUAGACAUGGAGCAAGGAAAUCAGCAGGUGCCAACAGUGCCAACUGCUGAAGAUGAUGCCACCUUGGGGCAGCUUGAGAAGACGCAGGAGGAAGGUCGAGUGAAGCGUCGCAAGCGGAAGAGGCGUCAGAGCAAAGGGCUGCAGCACAAAGAGGCGCAGCCCACAGAUGCUCCAGCAGUUCCAUCUGCUCCAGUUCUGUCAGAGACUCAAGAAGCUUCAGAAGCUGCUGAUGCUCCAGAAGCCGCUGAAGUUCCAGCGAGUCAAGAAACCUCUGAAGAGAAGGGGAUGAAAUUUCUUAAGGAUGUUCUGAAGCGGUGUUGCCUUGAUGAACGUUUGGGAUGCAAUGGCUAUGAGGAUCUCCUCCUCCAGCUGCACGAGAAGCUGCUGCCGCCCUACCAACACCCCCUGGACACUGCCUUUGAGCCGCCCGAUGUGCCGCCCGCGCCGGAGGAGGCGUUGGAGGCGGCCUGGGCGGAGAAACCGCAGGAUGCUGCAGAAUCUGAACCAGAUCAACGGGAUGACCCGGAUGACCAGGAGGAAAGUGAGAAAACCACUGGCCAGAAGCCCGAUGUUGAAGAGUUGAGCCCGGCACUCCAGGAAGAACUUGGCCGAUUGGAAGCAAAGGUCCAGGAAGCCAUGAAGAGAACGGCACGAGCUCAGCUGCAGCUGCGGAGGAAGAAGGCGGAAGAAUUGUUGUUGGUUGGUCUGGUGAAACAUCUGAAAGCUGCCUGCAAAGUCUACAGGGAACCAGGAGAAGAACCUGAGGAGGAAAAUAUUGGAUGUGGGACGGUGGGUUGGGAACGUUUUGAAAUGGAAAGACAUAUUUUUGGAAUGUACUGA